GAAGGGAAGACGAGCCUUUUCGAACUAGGAGGCAACUCGCUGCUGAUGCUAAGGCUUCAGGCUGGUAUUCGAAGAGCCACAAAGCUUGAGAGCUCCCUGGCGGAUCUGUUCAACGCAUCGACGCUGGAUGAGAUGGCGCAGCUGGUAGGUAAUGCUGCGAGGACAACACAGCAACAAUGGCAAUCAUUGCCCUACAUCAAUUCGGACAUAGAGACAGCAGUACAGGAGUAUCCUGCCUAUACCAUGCAGCACAAUGGACACGCACACAAGCCCGAUAAUACCGUCCAACAAGUCCUCCUAACUGGCGCAACAGGCUUCUUUGGCGACAGCCCUCCUCCACGACCUUCUCGCCGCCCCCUCGAUAUCACAAAUCCACUCCAUAGCCAUCUGCCCUCGUCGUUUAAUGGUACCCGAGUCCGGUCCUCAACUCAAUAAUUCGCUCCCCUCCUCUUCCAAAAUCCGCAUGUACCACGGCGACCUCUCCCAUCCAACGCUGGGCCUUAGCGAAGCCGAGAUCAUGUAUCUCGCACAAUGUCGACCGCAUAAUCCACAACGGCGCGGAUGUCUCCUUCCUCAAGCCGUACAGUGCACUCCGCGAGCCG